AUGUAUAGUCAGCCACCUUUCAAUGUUAUGAUGCAGCAACAGCAGCAGCAACAACAACAACAACAGCAGCCAUCGCCAAGCAAUUCGUCAACUGCAACUGGAAGACCUACCGAGUCAAUAUCGCCAGAAUUAGCUUCUAUGUUUAAGCGUGAUAAGGAUGGACAAUUGCUUUGGUUUGCAGGACCACCAGCUCAUGUGACGCCUACCACUCAACCAGUGCACUCGGUCGCGUACCUAGAAUGGAAGAGGAAGCAACAGCAGCAGCAACGACAGGAUUAA